UAUUUCAACACAAUCAUGUAGUCGUUAUAUUGAUGCCACAGCUGCUAAUAGUGCUGAAAAACGACGAAAUAGUAUCGUUUCACAAGUAGAACGUACAAUAAUUCGCCCUGUUACGGUCAGUAAAUUACCAAGAGAAAUUUCAACACAAUCAUGUAGUCGUUAUAUUGAUGCCACAGCUGCUAAUAGUGCUGAAAAACGACGAAAUAGUAUCGUUUCACAAGAUAGAGGAAGUGUGAAUCUUUCAGAAUCUAUACCUUCAACACGCAAUGGUCCAAGCAGUACAGUCAAUGUUUAUAAAGUGAAACGCGUGAAAAGUUCAUCAUCGUCCAGUAAUAAUCAUCCAUCAAAUGUAAUUGAAACGAUAAAACUCGAAACUCUUCAACAAUCAACUAAUCCUAGUCGUUCUGAAACAGCUGAAAAACAACCGGCCGGUGAUGGUAUUACUGUUAGCAAAGUAUUAAGAGAACGAACAUCGCAAACAAAACGUCCGGUAUCUUCAUCACCCAAUACCGGUACAAGAACCAAAUCAUUACAUAUUAUUAGUGAAAAUAAUUUUAAUAAAAAAGAAGAACGUUGUGCUAGUGAUCUCCAAGAACAUAAAAUUCGUUCUGACUCGGCUGUCAGCGUUGUCAAAGUAAAACGUGUUCAUACUACCUCGAAAUCAAAAACUGAUCCUAUGAUUGUGUCGGAUAUAGAGUUGGAUACAAAACCACCAAAUAUACCUGAAAACACAGGAAAAAGUGUCACGAUUAACAACAGCACAUCACCUGCAGAACCACAAAUAAAAUCAGUUAAAAGUUCCAAAGGAAAGGGAAAAGGUGUGACGGUGGCAAAAAUUUCACGAAUAAACACUGCAAAAGUCAGUGAUAUUCCCUCUGGUCCAAUAGUAACAGAAGUGCAUACGUCUUCAGAAAAUACUCAAGCGGAUAGUAAUACUAAUCAGAUCACCAAAUGA